AAUAAGAGAUAUUGAUAUAAUCGGCUCGUCAGGGGCAAUGCGCGCGUGAUCGAGCGCGCGCUUGGCUGAUCAUCGCUUCGAUUCGAUGGAUCUUCGCCUGCCCCUGCUCGCCGUGCUCCUGAAAUACGUUCUUGGAUCCACAUUUCUGGAGAAUGGCGCGGCGCCGCUCAGCAGGAGCAGCUUCCCGGAUGGAUUUGUGUUUGGAACGGCGGCGUCGGCCUAUCAGUUUGAAGGGGCUUUUCAAGAGGGCGGGCGGAAACCCAGCAUUUGGGACACAUUCUCUCACAGUUCAGGAAAAAUCAAAGACGGCAGCAAUGGAGACAUCGCUGUUGAUCAAUAUCACCGGUUCAAGGAUGACACAAAGCUCAUGAAGGACAUGAACAUGGAUGCGUACCGAUUUUCCAUAAGUUGGAGCCGAGCUUUUCCUGAUGAUAAAGUCAAUCCGGAAGGCAUCGCUUAUUACAACUCGAUCAUUGAUAGCCUGAAACAAGCUGGAAUCGAGCCUUACAUAACGCUGUACCACUGGGAUCUUCCCGAAGCGCUACAUCUUUCUGGUGGAUGGUUGAACAGCAGCAUAUCGGAAAAAUACGCUGCGUAUGCCGAGGCAUGCUUCGAGGCAUUUGGAGACAGGGUGAAGAACUGGAUGACGUUUAAUGAGCCAUACACGUUUGCUACACGAGGUUACUCCGAGGGAGCACACGCUCCCGGCCGAUGCACGGGUUGCAAAUUCGGUGGAAACUCUCUGACGGAGCCUUACAUUGUGACUCACAAUGUUCUCCUCUCUCAUGCUGCGGCUGUGAAGAUCUACAGGGAGAAAUUCCAGGAGAAACAAGGUGGUAAAAUUGGAAUCGCUCUGGAUACGCAUUGGUUCGAGCCUUUUUCGGAUUCACCCGAGGAUGCUGCUGCUGCUGAAAGGAGACUCGACUACAAACUUGGAUGGUUCCUCAGUCCCAUAAUGUUUGGGAAAUAUCCUCGCUCCAUGCGGCUGCAUCUUGGGCCUCGACUGCCCGUGUUUACGAGCAAGCAGAGGCGAGAGAUCAGAGGUUCCAUCGAUUUUAUGGGCCUCAACCAUUAUACGUCAAGGUAUGUUCAGGAUGAUCCGGCUGAUGUUGCCACGAACUCUGAGAUGGAUCCUGCUGCUCUUUCUCUUGAGAGUAGAAAUGGUGUGCUGAUCGGGCCGCAGGCUGGAUCAAAAUGGCUCUACGUCGUUCCCUGGGGAAUGGAAAAGCUGCUGAAAUACAUCAAAGCUCGCUACAAUCCACCAGAAAUUUUCAUCACGGAAAACGGAGUUGACGAGCUAAACGAUCCAUCCAUUUCACUGGAACAAGCGCUGCAAGACCAGCUGAGGAUCGACUAUUACAACGAGUACCUGAAAUACAUGCUGGCAGCAAUGCGCGACGGGGUAAACGUCCGCGCCUACUUUGCGUGGUCCUUCUCGGAUAAUUUCGAGUGGGAGAUAGGCUACACGUCGAGAUUUGGCAUCUAUUACGUUGACUAUAGCGACAAUCUCAAGCGAUACCCCAAGAAGUCAGCGUUGUGGUUCAAGCAAAUGCUAGCACGCAACGCUAGUGCCACACAGAUAUUAUAGUCUUACACAAUUUCAGACCAUGGAUGUCAUCCAAUACAAUGAUAGACAAGGUAAGAAAGCUAAAACAAAUGUACAAACUAAACAAUCCAAAAGUUUUUACCUGUGCUUUUAAAAAGGAACUAAACAAUACACGAAAAGUUUUACUUGUGCUCUUGGAAA